AAGAAGAAAGAGACUCCAAAAUCAUUUCUCACAGCCCGCAUCUCACGGAUCGUAAAGGUCAACGUGGCGUCGGUGGCCGCCGCAACUAUCGACGUCGAUGACCGCGACCAACUGAAGCCCGCUCCCGCACAUUUAUUCGUCGGGCGCUCGCCUGCCUGCCUGCCCGCCCGCACGAGAUCCGCCUCUCGCUUUACCCCGCGCCGGCCGCCGUCGCACCGACUCGCUCGCCGGACCUGCCGCGUCCCCGGCAGACCAGCCGGAAGGCGAGACGUGUGCGUCGCUGCCGCUGCAGACAUGGCCGAGCUGGCCCAGGAGGGGUCGUACUCGCCGGGGGCCGCCACUGCCGCGGCGGACGCGACGACCAAGAGCGUCCAGGCGUGGAGGGCGCUGGUGUGCCGGGUGGCGAUCCUGUUCCGGCUCUUGCUCCAGAUCCUGCGGGGGACCCCCUCGUGGGCGCAGCUCCUCUCCUCCGUCGGCCUUCGCCACCCCUUCUUCUCCUCCCCGUCCGCAGGCUACAAGCUGCUCUCCGUCGCUCCCCCCGCCGACGCCUUGCCGAACCAUACCGCCCCCGCGUCAGAACCCCUCGGGAAGCUCACGGUUGUGCUCGACUUGGACGAGACAUUGAUUUGUGCAUACGAGACAUCUAGUUUGUCAUCUACAGUUCGUGCACAGGCUGUUGAAGCAGGUUUAGAGUGCUUUGACCUUGAAUGUGUAUCUUCAGAACAGGAUGCUGAUGGAAGCCAAAAGGUGAAUCAUGUCACUGUUUUUGAACGUCCUGGUUUGCGGGAAUUCCUAAAACAGAGCAGUGAAUUUGCAGACCUUGUUCUUUUCACUGCAGGCCUUGAAGGUUAUGCUAGGCCAGUUAUUGAUAGAAUAGAUAUCGACAACAAAUUAACUCAUCGUCUAUACAGGCCUGCAACUGUGAGCACGAAAUAUCGGGAACAUGUCAAAGAUCUUUCUUGUGUGUCGCAACAUCUCUCCCGCAUCGUCAUUGUUGACAACAAUCCAUUUAGUUUCUUGCUGCAGCCAUUAAAUGGAAUACCAUGCAUGCCAUUCUUUGCUGCUCAGCCCUGUGAUGAUCAGCUUAUGGGAGUUAUUCUUCCACUUCUAAAACACCUUUCCCUCCACAAGGAUGUCAGGCCCAUACUGAAUGAGAAGUUUCAUAUGCGUGAAUGGUUUGAACAGCAAGGAAUUCCCACCAAAUGCUGGACACUGAGUGAGGUGCCAACAGUUCUUCCAAGCUCUUGUUACCAGUGCACAUGAAUUGCAGUGUAUUUUGUUCACCAUAAAUCCACCCUAACAGAACCUCAAUUUGUAUCACCUACCAAAUCGUUUUGGAGAGUGACUGCUCUUACUUGCGGAUACGAUGCAACAAAUCUGCUGAGCAUCAAAAAUUGGUGUGCGACAUACAAGGAGAAUUUUUAGAAUUCAACUGUGUAUUAUCUGCCAUUUUAACAGAAAAUUCUCCGGCUUGCUACUGCUGUCGAAAUAGAAUUUUUGGCAUAGUUUGCUUAGGGAAAAUUGCAGUGUAAUUAACGUUGUAUUGUACAUUCAUGACAUUUGUUGUUGGAAAUGUACACAUUGUUUCGAA